GUCUGUAGGCGGCGGUACUGUCACGAGUCUGCUCGUCGGCCGCCCGCUGUGUGAAGAGCCGAGAGAGAGCAAAACAUCAGAGAGAGGGAGAGAGAGGAGCUGCAGCAGGAUGGAGUUCGCCGAGCUGAUAAAGACCCCCCGAGUGGACAGUGUUGUUCUUCACCGUCCUUUUCUGCCAACAGUGGAGGGAACUUUGUGUCUCACUGGCCACCACCUCAUCCUCUCCUCUCGACAGGACAAUACAGAGGAGCUCUGGCUGCUUCAUUCCAACAUUGAUGCCAUCGAUAAGAGGUUUGUUGGCUCUCUAGGCACAAUUAUUGUGAAAUGCAAGGACCUGCGAAUUAUUCAGCUGGACAUCCCUGGCAUGGAAGAGUGCCUUAACAUUGCCAGCUCCAUUGAGGCAUUGUCCACGCUUGACUCUCUCUCCCUGAUGUACCCUUUCUUCUACCGCCCUAUGUUUGAGGUCAUUGAGGAUGGUUGGAACUUGUUCUCACCAGCGGAGGCCUUUAAAGACCUGGAAUCAAUGACAGAUGAGUGGAGACUUAGUGAAAUUAAUAAAGACUUUGCCGUUUGUCCCUCCUACCCAUCACUGGUGACUGUGCCCAAGGACAUAGAUGAUGACACUCUUUGCAAAGCUGCUGCAUUUCGCCAUGGAGGACGCUUCCCUGUGCUCAGCUACUACCACAAAAAGAACGGCAUGGUGAUGAUGCGAGCAGGGCAGCCGCUUACAGGAACCAACGGCCGCCGCUGUAAAGAGGAUGAGAAACUAAUCAACGCUACACUCCGUCCAGGAAAGCGUGGGUACAUCAUCGACACCCGCACCAUUGCAGUAGCACAGCAGGCUAAAGCUCGUGGAGGCGGGUUUGAACAGGAGGCCAAUUAUCCACAGUGGAGGAGAAUCCACAAAGCUAUUGAGAGGUCCAAUAUUCUACAGGAGAGCCUGAUUAAGCUGGUGGAGGCCUGUAAUGAUCAGUCUAACAGCAUGGAUCGCUGGCUUAGCAAACUGGAAGCAUCCAACUGGCAGAGCCAUGUGAAAGAGAUCCUCACCACAGCCUGUCUGGCGGCUCAGUGCAUUGACAGAGAGGGUGCGUCAGUGCUGGUCCAUGGGACAGAGGGCACUGACUCCACACUGCAGGUGACCUCUCUGGCCCAGAUCAUCCUGGAGCCUGUCUGCAGGACUAUCCGUGGAUUCCAGGCCCUGGUGGAGCGUGAGUGGCUGCAGGCUGGCCACCCAUUCCAGCAGCGCUGUGCCCAGUCCGCUUAUUCCAACGGAAAGCCACGGAGUGAGGCGCCAGUGUUCCUGCUCUUCCUGGACUGCGUGUGGCAGAUACUGCGCCAGUUCCCCUGCUCCUUCGAGUUCAAUGAGCACUUCCUGGUCACGCUUUUUGAACACGCGUACGCUUCUCAGUUUGGAACAUUUCUGGGAAACAGCGCCGCUGAGAGGGUGAAGCUGAAGCUUUCUCGGAAGACGGUGUCCCUAUGGUCGUGGGUGAACAGGCCUCAGGAGCUGGAACGCUUUGUUAACCCGCUCUAUGAGCCCAACAGCCUGGUGAUCUGGCCUUCUGUAGCACCACAGAGUCUGCUGCUGUGGGAGGGUGUGUUUUUACGUUGGAAUCGCUCUACCAAGUGUCUGGAUGAGGCUUAUGAAGAAAUGGUGCACAUUAUCGAAUACAACAAGGAGCUACAGAAUAAAGUGAACAGCCUGAGCAGACAGCUUGCUCAGCUGGAGACGGAAGACAGUCCUCUACAGUCUCCAUAAGUCGAGUAGUGCAAUCUUUCAGAGAAAUUUCAACAAAGCGGUUCUCUUUGGAGUUCCUCUUCAGCACUACUGAGAUUACUCUGUCCAGUACAUGUAUGUACACACAAACAAACAAACAAACAAACACACACACACACAGACACCCUACAUUCUUUAAGGUUUACUACUGCUGUCUAUAAAUCUAACUAUAUUCAUGUGUUUCUCAGCUGCUAUACAGUUCAGCUUUAGCUAUAUACAGUCUUAUCUGUUAUUCUUGGCCUUCACUUUGCUCAGACUAACCAAUUAGCUUUAGAAAUGUGCUAUGAUGCUAUGACUGACUGAUUCACACACAAACACACACACACACACACACACACUAUACUAACACUAUCAAAUGUAUUCUUGCCUCUUUAAUUGCUUUCCAACACUGUUAUUGCUAACAGAAAACUGGCUUGAGUGUAGCCACUACUUGCUUAAUAUUUUUAGUGGGUGGUGGUUGAUUUUCGUUUCUCAGAAACAAGGAGUCACUGACAGUAAAUGAUUGCUUCAUUCACUGAAACUGUUGCAAAUACUUUGUUGACUUACAGUAGUGAAUGACUUUACCAUGAAAGGUCUUUUAAAUAGGUAAAAGUGGGUAUUGUUUUGUGUGACCACGAUAAGGAUGCCUGUUGGUUUCACAGGCUUUGGUUUAAAAGCAGCAUGGUAUUAAACACAAGAAAUGUAAUGAUUUAAGAAAUGCCAAUAUACAUUCAGGUCCAUGAGUCUUUAGGCAGUGACACAUUUUCUCAUUUUGUCUAUGUACAACCCAGCAAUGGAUUUGAAAUGAAGCAGUAAAGGUUAGGCUUUUGUCAUCUUUUUAGAAAAGUACUAUAUUGUUGACUCAAAGGGACCAGAUUUCUAAAAAGAACAGAUAAAUUGACAAGCUCAGCAGUACCAAGUGGACCACUGAAGAUACCUUAAGUAACGAUAAUCCCAGAAAAAAAAUGACAUCAGUGAUCUUUAAAUCAAACCAGUUGAUCAUCUUUUUUUUUACCUAAUUAAGACAAAACUGAAGACAUAUACAGCAUAUACACAUAUACACAGCAUAUACAGAAAAAGACAUUACCUGAUAGAAUGUAAUUGCAACAGAGCAUUAAAAAUGCUUCUUAAUAUUUAUAAUAAUUAGUUUAUACUAUGUAUGUUUGUCCAAUGUUAAGCCUAUGCUGUGCUAUUAAAAAUAUAAAUGGUUAAUAAAAAUACUUUGUUACAUUUGUCAAAGUAAAUUAAAGUCUUCACUUUAAUCACAUCUUGACUGCUUCAUUUAAAAACCACUGAGGUGGAGAAACAUGACAAUGAAACAAAAAAUGGUUAACUGUCCAAAUACUUCUACAUUUCACUAUUACAUUUCUUCCUUACUAUUCACAUUUUUUCAUUCACAACCACCCUACUUGCUUAUGCUGACUUCAGUUUGAGAAUACUUCAGUUUGAGUGUGCUUUAUCCUCUGCUCACAUGUACAUCACACAUCAGUUUAAAGUGCCAGUUGAUAAAAUGCACCUUUUACAAUAUAGCACCAAUAAUAUUUGUUUUAUAUGUACAUUUGUCAUUCCUCUCGAUCUUUAUGUAGGACGUGUCCUUUCAGUACGUUAUGAGGUUUUGCUUGGUGUUAUGAUGAAGUGUCAUACCUCAUUCUGGAGUUAGCUAAACCCACAAUAGGAUGAUUACAGUAUGUGCUGUGUACACGAUGCCAGAAUGCACUCUUUUUCUCUGUGUCCCCAAGAGCAGAAUGGGAUUAUAAAAACUGCACUGUAAUGCUGAGGAGAGUAAUAUUGAUUUACAUUGAUCUCAUAAAUGGUAUAUUUCCCAGCCUUUCUUUCAAGCUAUAUCUUAUAGUUAGGAACAGAGUUACAUGUCCAUCUGUAGAAGAAUAAAGAAAGCUCUUUGUCAGUGAAGAUCGUAAAACAGCCUAAAAGCCUGAACAUCAGAAUUAUUUCUGGUGUUUUAAGCCGCAUUCUUGCCAAAUGUGCAUAUAAAAGCCUUAUAUUCAUAUAUUAAGGGUGUUAAACUGACUGGUGAUGGUUUUAGUCACUUUUCCCAAAUGUUAUUGUAGCCACAGUCAUUGUUCUCACCGAUGGUUGUAGUUGAACAAAAUGGAAAUAGAAUAGUUGGGCAGUAUCCACUUUUUUUUAUACAUUCCAACUGUCGCAACAACGCAAAUCACUGGACUUCCUCUUCUAUAAAAUGUAAAUAGGAAGAUUAUUGUUUUAGGACACGGAUUUGUUGAAUAUAGAAUUAUAAUUAUUAAUUCCCUCAAUUACACUACUAAAUCAAGACGCCAUAAAAAAUUCCUGAGACUAGGCUACCAGAUUUCUGAGCUCCACAAUUCAAAUUAAACAGAUUAUCAGAUCAAAUUGGUUACAUUCUGGAUACGUUUUAAUAAUAUAUUAAAAUAUAUAGAAAUUAUAGAAUUGCCUCAUUUUUGCACUUGAUCAAGUUGGAGUUUUUACAAAAUAUGAAAGCAUUUGUUGUGAUGUACUGUAUGUGUGCACUGUUUUCUUAGAAAAUACUUUAUUUCAAAUAGUAGAGGCAGUCCUACAGGCACUCUUGGCAGACAUGCCAAUGUCAUUUUGAAUGUGGGUGUACAUGUCUGCUUAGUGUAAUUAGAAAAAAUGAAAUCAUUUUUUUUGUACCUUAUUUCAUUGUUGUUUUUUUUAUAUUACUCACUCACCAAGCCCCUUAUAAAGAACACUACAAUACUACUGCUGAGAGACUACAAAAAAUACUCUACUAACACUAAGCUGUGGCAUUCAAGCAACAAAAACAUUUCCCACCUCAUUUACUCUUCCUCCACCAGCCUGGACCGUUGAAAAAAAAUCCUCCAUCUUCAAUAUUACAAAGAUCCUGUUUUCUCCCCAUUCUGAUUAUAAUGAACAUUUUAUGCAUUUCACUGCUGCCACAUGGUUGGCUUGAUAGAUAAUUGCAUGAAUGAGUAGGUUAUAGGUACAAUUCUUAAUAAAGUGCUUGGUGAGUGCAUGUUUUUGUAUGUUCUGUUUAUGUGGGCAUUAAAACUAUAUGAUUGAAAAGUUUAUGUACACUUAACUGUAACAAUCCGUUAAUAAAGGCAUGUUACAACAACAA